AUGACGGAUGAAGAAUUCGACCAGAUUUAUUCUGGUAGAGGGGACGCAAAUCUCCCCACUCUUGAUAGUGUAUUCGAAGAUAUUGAUGAAGCAAAUCUGGAUAAUCUGGACGGGGACGAUGAGCCUACACCGCAGAGCAACGACGUCGACGUGGAGGCAGAAAUAAAAGAUGGCGUAGUUUAUGGAACAUGUAAACAUUGUGGGAGCGUCAUAAAAAUGGGAGUCUCCGGCGGUUAUGGCGGUCCGGAAAACACCUAAGGUCGAGGCAUCCCGUGGAGUUUGCCAAAUACGAGGCAAAAAAGAAGGGACGACAAGAAGUGCAAACCCAAAUUUCUCGGUUUGCUAACAGAG